GAUGUGAGGUGAGCUCAUUAACAGGCUGUGCAGAUGCCUUUGAAGGCACGUUGUCUGACUUCUCAACAUAUUGUCACCUGAGAAAACAUCCCAGGACCAGGAUCAGUAGCCGGGACCAGAUGGCUGCUUCUCAGAGACAGCUGACCUUCACGGAUGUGGCCAUAGAUUUCUCUCAGGAGGAAUGGGAAUGCCUGGACCUAGCUCAGCGGAAAUUAUACAUGGAUGUGAUGUUGGAGAACUAUGGCAACCUGGCCUCCGUGGCUAUGCCAUCUGAAGAUGCCCAGGCCUUUUUCCUAAAGCCCAGAAUUCAAGAUUUAUUCUCUGAAAUUAUUCUGAGUACAGAUAAUGAAGAUGCAAGUUAUCAAUGGAACGAACAUUGGAAAAACUUUAAGCAAGAGUCAUUUCUUAAUAAUCAACUGAGAAUUGAUUUAGCAGAGGACAAUUAUAAAAGUGGAAAAGUCUUUGGCCAAAUGUCCAAUCACCAUACGGGUCAGUUAUUUGAUAUUGUGGAAAAGACACACGAAGGAAGUAGACGUGUCAAAUGUUUGCAGGAAUCUUCAAAUUACACUGAACAAGAGAAUAUUCAGGCUGGGGAGCAGGCUUACACAGGUAAUUCAUGUGGUAGAAUCAUCAGUGAAAUAAUCAGCCUAAAUAGACGGAAAGAAAUCUGUAGUGGAGAAAAACAUUAUAAAUGUAAAGAUUCUAUUCAAACAUCCAAUUGGCCUUCAGGUUGUACUCCAAAUGAAAGAAUUCAGACUGGAGAGAAGCCUUACAAAUGUACAGCAUGUGGCAAAGCGUUUAAAUGUCAUUUAACUCUUUCUGUACAUGAGGGAAGAAUUCAUACUAGGGCAAAACUUGACAAACUCAUGGAAAAUGGAAAAGGCUUUAGUCAGUGCUCAAAACAUACUCAACAUCAUAGAAAUCUUAGAGAACAAAAGCCUUACAAAUGUUCAGAAUGUGGCAAAGCCUUUAGCCAACCCUCAAAACUUAUUGUUCAUCAGAGAAUUCACACUGGAGAGAAACCUUACAAAUGCAGCGAAUGUGGCAAAGCCUUUAACCAGUCCUCCUCCCGUAAUCAUCAUCAGAAUAUUCAUACUGGACAGAAGCCUUAUAAAUGUACAGAAUGUGGCAAAGCCUUUACCCAGUCCUCAACACUUCUGCUUCAUCAGAGAAUUCACACUGGAGAGAAACCUUACAAAUGUAGAGAAUGUGGCAAAUUCUUUAGCAGAUCCUCAUACCUUACUACCCAUCAGAGAAUUCACACUGAAAAGAAGCCUCAUAAAUGUAGAGAAUGUGGCAAAGCCUUUAUCAGCCGUACAUAUCUUAUUAAACAUAACCGUAUUCAUACUGGAGAGAAGCCUUAUAAAUGUACAGAAUGUGGCAAAGCAUUCAGGGAGUCCGCAAACCUUAAUAAACAUCAGAGAGUUCAUACUGGAGAGAAGCCUUAUAAGUGUACAGAAUGUGGCAAAGCCUUUAACCAGACCUCAGCCCUUAUGAUUCAUCAGAGAAUUCACACUGGAGAGAAACCUUACAAAUGUAGAGAAUGUGGUAAACCCUUUAGGAGCUCCUCAAACCUUACUGCACAUCAGAGAACUCACACUGGAGAGAAGCCUUACACAUGUAGAGAAUGUGGCAAAGCCUUUAGCCAUCCCUCAAACCUUGGUUAUCAUCAGAGAGUUCACACUGGAGAGAAGCCUUAUGAAUGUAGAGAAUGUGGGAAAGCCUUUAGCAAGUCCUCAUCCCUUAUUAAUCAUCAGAGAGUUCACACUGGAAAGAAACCUUAUACCAGGUAAUUGUAGAGAAUGUGGCAAAUCCUUUGGCAGUUCCUCAGGCCUUGGUACGCAUCAGAGAGUUCAUUCUGGAGAGAAGCCUUUUCUAUAU